GCUCUUCUUCACACUCCACAGUUCGCAAUCCACAUCACUCGCUGCUCCUCCCUGUCUCCCAUUUUUAGCAAGGCUUCGAUCCGGUGCUCUCGUUGCCUCUGCUGCCGUGAGCUUGAUCCGUGUCCCUUCUCUUCCUCCACCAGAUCUUACGGAGCUCAGACAUGAAAGGGCUAGGGCUGUUCAUUCUCGCGAUGAUCUCACUGUACGGAUCUGGUUCUGCUUCGGCUGCUUCACCUGCGAGGGAGAUUGUUACUGCGGCGGUCUCCAAUGCUGCAUCCGCGCUCGUGAAUAGGUUUUGGUCACUGAAAUCUACAAGAAAAAAUGCGAUCUCUGCCAACCGUCCGCUGAUGAAAUUCGAGAGCGGGUAUACAGUCGAGACUGUGUUUGAUGGGAGUAAGCUGGGGAUUGAGCCCUACUCGGUCGAGGUGACGCGGAGCGGAGAGCUGCUGCUGCUGGAUUCUGUCAACAGCAACUUGUAUCAGAUUUCACUGCCAUUGUCGAGAUAUAGCAGACCUAAGCUUAUUGCUGGUUCUCUUGAAGGCCUUGGGGGUCAUGUGGAUGGAGGUCUGAGGGAAGCAAGACUGAACCAUCCUAAAGGAUUUACAGUUGAUGAAAGGGGGAAUAUAUAUGUUGCAGACGCAUCAAACAUGGCAAUCAGGAAAAUCAGUGACAUGGGGGUUACAACCAUUGCCGGAGGAAAGUGGAGUAAAACUGGGCAUUCUGAUGGUCCCAGCGAAGGGGCAAAGUUCUCUACAGAUUUUGAAGUUGUUUAUAUUGCUAGUAGCUGCUCUCUCUUAGUUGUCGACCGAGGAAAUCAAGCAAUCAGAGAAAUUCAACUCAACAUUGACGAUUGUGCUCACCAAUAUGACACUGGUUUUCCGCUCGGAAUCGCUGUUCUAUUUGCUGCUGUUUUCUCUGGUUACAUGCUUGCUUUACUCCAAAGGCGGGUGGGAGGAAUGGUCUCUUCCGAAAAUGAUCCUCAAACUGCUAUGAAAGGAACAACCAUGCCUCCAUACCAGAAACCAACCAGACAAUCAAUAAGACCACCACUUAUUCCUACCAGAGAUGAAGUGGAGAAUGCAGAUGAAGAAGGCCUCUUCACUGCCUUUGGAAAGCUUGUAUCCCGAGUAUUCAGAAGGAGAUCAAAAACUGCACAUUUUCAGCAGCAACAGCAGAGAUCUAGCAGUUGGCCCACGGCAGACAGUUUUGUCCUUCCAGAGGAUGAGAUACCACCGCCAUUAGAGACAAGAACUCCAACUACGCUAGCGAAUUACGCUUUCACGUCGAAAGAGCCAGAAAAAAUCCAACACAUUCGACACACUUCGCCUUAUCCAGCAGGAUGGCAUGCUGAACCACAUCAACCACAGCAGCAACAAGUUUAUCAACGACAAAAUCUCCAACGACACAGGCAAUACUCAUCUGGCCCGCAAACAUAUUACAAGCAGAGCUGUGAAACAACAAACGAGAUCAUUUUUGGAGCGGUUCAGGAGUUGGAUAGCAAGCGGCAGAUGGUGGAGAUUAAGGCACUAAACUACGGUGAUCCCAUUUACGAGCAGUAUGGUGUGCGCUACCGAAAUAAUUACACAGGUUUUGGCAACUACUGAUUAGAUGGAAGUUGAAUCUUCCUAGUCAUUCGCAGGAAAGUUUCUCAGCUAGGUUAUAUACUUAUAUCUAUGUUAUAUUGUGAUCUUCUACUACAUGCCUAGAAAAUGGUGAAAAAAUAUAAAAUUUCUGGUGCUAUAUUGUAAUCUCCAACAAUCUUUGUCUUUGUUUUCUUAAGAGAAAUCUAAGCGUAAGAUAUGAUAUUGUUGUAAUA